AAAUCCCCAUGAUUCAACUCCGGUGUGUGCGCCUCACUAAGAAGAUACACAACGCAGAACACUGACUGUUACAUAUGUACCUUUCAGCAUUAAUGGUGCCUUCACAGAAUGCUGCACACCGGACUCUCACCCCAGAUUUCCACUGGAUGCGUAAGGGCUGCUGAAUGGCGCCGCCACGGAACGUCACCGCCGUCCGCCAAUCGACGGUUUUGCCUUGCAGAACGACAUUUUUCUUUUUGUGGCAAGCAACAACACAUCAGUAACAUCAUCCCUGAGACGGACGGACGCCACUCGGGAGGAAAAAAAGGUGUCGCCGUGUUUUUACCCCACUUGCUUUUGCCGACUUUUUUUUUCUCUCUUCAUAAUCACAUUGUUGGAUGCUUCAGCUGCCGGUUUGUGGCUCUCUACCAUCUGCACUGCAUCGUAAGGCUGCCGGAGCUUCACAUACAUUCCUCCGGACUGGAGCUCACCUCCGCCAGAAGCAGGAUGUGCGACGUCAUGCCGACGUGUCGACUUCAGACCUUGCUGGUCCUCCUGAUGCUUCACACCGUCAGCCAUGGCCUAACCGAUGCUGACACCAUGGUGAACAUGAGGAAGGUGACCCAUCAGACCAUUAGCGAGGAGCUGUCAGAAACAGUUUUGCUCCCGUGCAUCUUCACCCUGCGACCCGGGGCCGGUUUAUCCCACGAGCCGCCCCGCAUUAAGUGGUCUAAGGUGUGGGGCCAACGGGGCUCUGACGGCUCGCAGAAGGAGCAGUCGGUCCUGGUGGCCAAAGACAAUGUGGUCAAGGUGAAGAAGGCCUACCAGGGCCGGGUAUCGCUGCCUGGUUACAACAGGAACCGAUACAACGCCAGUCUCACUCUGACGGGGUUGCGAUCCAGCGACUCUGGUCUGUACCGCUGCGCGGUCGUGGUUGGCAUCAACGACGAGCAAGACAUGGUCCCGUUGCAGGUCACAGGUGUUGUCUUUCAUUACCGCGCUCCUCCUGACCGUUAUGCCUUGUCCUUUGCCGACGCCAAGAGGGUGUGCGUGGAGAACUCGGCAACCAUCGCAACACCCGGUCAGCUGCAAGCCACCUUCGCAGAUGGCUACGAAAACUGUGACGCAGGUUGGCUGUCGGACCAGACUGUACGGUAUCCCAUCCAGUCACCUCGGCCGGGUUGCUAUGGUGAUCGCGACGAUGCCCCUGGAGUCCGCAACUAUGGCAAAAGGUUGCCAGAUGAGCUGUUUGAUGUCUACUGCUUUGCCAAGGAAUUACAAGGUGAAGUCUUCCACUCUGCAGUGGCAGACAAGUUGAACCUGGCCAUGGCCUCCACCCACUGUCAGUCUCUGGGGGCCCAGCUGGCCAAUGUAGGCCAGCUCUACCUGGCCUGGCAGGCCGGCCUGGACAAGUGCGACCCGGGCUGGCUGGUGGACGGCAGCGUCCGCUACCCCAUCAAUGUCCCGAGGAAGAACUGCGGCGGGGACGAGCCCGGGGUGCGGACGGUCUACAACAACCCCAAUCGGACCGGUUUCCCUGAUACCACGGCCCUGUUUGAUGCCUACUGCUACCAAGCCCACCAACCAGCAGGCUUCCAAGCUGCAGAGUCGCUUGCUUUAAUCCGAACCACCAUACCAGCAUCUGCCUCCGACUCCACAGUCACCGACCCUGAGCCAAGUCCCCCUUUCUCUAAGACUUGGGCUCGCCUGGUGGGUUCAGACAAAGCACACGUCAGCAACUCCUCUGAGAUCUCCGAUGAGCAUAUUGUCAUCCACUUGAGGCCCGAGCAAGGUUGGGGUGACAAACAUGAGGGCGUCAAAACCAGCAGAUCCACCCAGGAGGAGUUUGACGACACAAAAGGCAGCAACGCCCUGGCUGUGUCCGGCCUGGAGAGUCUGGAGAGCCAGGGAGGUUCUGCCCAUGAGGAAGAAGACAGUACUUACUUAGACACUUCCACCAGCAAAAAUGCUCUGGCUGACUUUGUCAACACCCUGAUAAAGCCCUUCAAGUACUGGUCUGGCGGUGAGGACGGCCAGGCUGGAAAGGAACCCCCAGUGCUUGGAGGUGAGGGGAUGCUGGAGGAAACACCCGGCAGGAACCAGACAAAAAGCAAGGGCAGCGGUGGCAACACCAUUAUGGCUGCCUUUGCCCCCAAGCCUCUAACCAGUGGAUUACCGAGUCCUGAAGAAGGUCUGUCUGAGCAGGAGAAAGAGGUGGUGUCGCUCAUUCGAUUAGUGCCUGCAGUUCCAAACACAGGGCAAAGUCACCCCACCACUCUGACAACCAAGGAUGGCCAAGCCCAAGAUAAAUCAACAGGCAAUGGGCUCACUGCGGUGUCCCCUAAUGGCAAAUCAACCUCCAGUGAGCGGGCCAACUCCACCGGGCCUCCCAAAGAGAGUUGGUCAUGGGUUGUCAAGUCAAUACGUCGCGCCAGACUAGGUUCUCCGAAUGUAGCGUAUGUUGGCAAGGACCGCACUUGGGAGGCUGUGGAAGUGAAAUCGGCACCCCUUGAGGUGAUGACCCUACCCAACUGUUCAGCACAGGAGACCGUAGAUAACUAUUCUGGCGAUGUAGAUGAGGCAGAUUCUCAAACAACCGUCCAAACUGGACCGGAAAAGGAACUUGAGGGAAGCAGUGAUUCCAGUUUUCCUGGUGCUCUUAAAGUCAGUUUCAGUCCAGAAACUCAGUCUUUACGAACAGUGGCUGAACAUGCUGCUUCAUCCCAGUGGCAGCUUGAGGCACAACCAACCACGUCACCCCAAAAAACAGAAACCGCAGAAGAGGCCAGGGGAGAAAUCCUUUAUAUCCACCGCCCCACCGAUAAACUCUCUUCUGCUUCUUCCUUACGAAAAGGAGAAAAUGGCCCGAGUGGUGGAUUCACACCUGUUUUUAGAAAGAACAGAAAAGAUACUGGAAGAAAGUCCGCCCGUGGGGAAGCCAAAGUGGUCACUUCCACACCCGAAGCUUUGGUGGACGUGCUGACAACUACCGAGAUCACCACAGUGGGACUUGAGACCACCCAAGACACCCAAGAGAUCAACCAUGCCACUACGGAAGCCACUAGUAGACCAGAGGACUCAACCAUUUCUAUCUUAUGGAUGGAGAAGACAACGAGCGAAGCUGAGGGUAACUUCUCAACUGUAUCAUCACCAACCCAAGACACCCAAGAGAUCAACCAUGCCACUACGGAGGCCACUAGUAGACCAGAGGACUCGACCAUUUCUAUCUUACGGAUGGAGAAGACAAUGAGCGAAGCUGAGGGCAACUUCUCAACUGUAUCAUCACCAACCAUUCAGCUAACAUCCACUGAGUCCAAUUUCAAGGAUUCUGUGACAGAAAUGGAAUCCAGGUUGGCAGUUUCUGAAUCCUUUGUUUUUGGCAGUCAAUGGACACCUUCCAAAGGCUUGAGUCCAAAGUCUGAGGAACACAAGACUUCAGUGGUGACAGACAGCAAAGGAGCAAGAAACCCUUUCGGCAUCCUCGUCCCCAACUGGGCUUUUGGGCUCAUCUCAUCAGUGGAGAAUAACCCGUGCCAGACCAACCCGUGUCUCCACGGAGGGAGCUGCCUGCAGGAGGGUGACGGCUAUAGCUGCUACUGCCCACAGGGCUUCUCUGGAGAGAGCUGCGAGAUCGACAUCGAUGACUGCCACUCCAACCCGUGCCAGAACGGAGGAACUUGCAUCGAUGAGAUCAACUCCUUUGUGUGUCUGUGUCUCCCCAGCUACAGCGGCGCCACCUGCGAGAAAGACACAGAGGGCUGCGAUCAUGCAUGGAGAAAGUUCCAUGGCCACUGUUACAGGUACUUCAGCCGUCGACACACCUGGGAGGACGCGGAGAAAGACUGCAGGGAGCACAGCGGCCACUUAGCGAGCAUCCACAGCCCGGCUGAGCAGAACUUCAUCAGAGGUAUAAGUCACGACAACACCUGGAUUGGCCUAAAUGACCGCACAGUGGAGGAUGACUUUCAGUGGACCGACAAGAUGGACGUGCAAUACGAAAACUGGCGAGCCAACCAGCCCGACAACUUCUUUGCGGGAGGAGAAGACUGCGUGGUAAUGAUCUCUCACGAGAACGGCAAAUGGAACGACGUGCCGUGCAACUACAACCUGCCUUACGUGUGCAAAAAGGGCACAGUGCUGUGCGGCGCCCCUCCUCAAGUGGACAACGCCUUCCUGAUCGGUCGCAAGCGUACCCACUACGACAUUCACUCCACGGUGCGCUACCAGUGUGCCAACGGCUUCCAGCAACGCCACGUACCCACGGCUAAGUGUCGCGCCAACGGCAAGUGGGACAAGCCGAAAAUCAUCUGCACAAAGUCUCGACGGGCCCACCGAUACCGGCGCCACCACCACCGGAACCAGCACCAGCACCAGCACAAGGGCAGACGGGAGCGCAGGAAGCACAAGCGACACGGCCACCGAGACGGAGGUCACCACCACGACCAAAACCAAGGCCAACGGUGUUGACAUGUAAACAACACUUCGUCACCUCAGCCUGUAAGAAGCUCCCACUGGCAGGAAGCAAUAACCAGAAUGAGACGUGUGGAAUGGUACUGUGGGGUUCAAACACUGAUGACAUCUAUUAAACAAGACAAGAAGCAAGGAAUUACACCCUGACAAAGUGUCCACAAGUCAGCAGUUCCCACUGAACUGUGGAUGGCUGGAAAAGUGUUUGUUACUUUUUGCUGACAUCAUUUUAUCAUCUGCUCAUAAUAUAAUGCAAGUCAUCUUCUUUCAAGAGUCUUUUGGAAUUAAUUUUACAUGGAAAAUAGCGAAAAAACAUAAGUUAAUUCAAGAAAAAAGCUCUUGGUUCUUAGAAUUUAUUAAUUAUUGUGGUUUUGUAGCAAUAUUACUCCUUUUAUUUUAAGAAACUUUUUUCCUGUAAUAUUGCAGCUUUAUUCUCAAUUUGUUAUCAUUCCCACACAAUUAUCAGUUUUUAUUUUGUUUUAAAAGCUUGUAAUAUUGCUUAUUUAUUGUCAUAAUAUUGAGGCUUUUAUCGUAUUGUUAAACUUUAUUCUCA